CAGAGACCGAGACCAGCACCCUCGCGUCCAUGACUUCUUCCUCCCCUUCCUCCUCGUCCUCCGACCCAGACUACCAGGUCGCCACCUCCGACCUCAACGAUGACGCCGCUACCGCCAUCCACCGGAGUCAUGCCGGCGCUGCUACCGUCAUCCUCCCGGAGCGCCCCGACGCCGAGGGCUUCCUCUCGUUUCUGCUCACGCCGGACGACGUCGACGCCGUGUGCAAGAAGUACGGCGUCCCCGAGGAUCAGUACACCGCGCGCCUCGCCGGCGACCUGCGCGCGUGCUCGCCCCCGCCGCUGGGGUGCGUCUACGUGUACGCGCACGCGUUGAAGGCCGGGAUGCGCGUCCCGCUGCAACCGUUCUUCUGCGAGGCGCUCGCCCACUUCGGCAUCGCGCCGACGCAGCUCGCGCCCAACGCAUGGCGCAUCAUGGCGGGCUUCCUCGUGCUCUGCCGCUCCGCCGGCGUGCCGCCGUCGCUCGCGGUGUUCAGGCGUUUCUUCGUGAUGUCCGUCCUCAACCACAAGCACACCAAAAGAUGGUACUACUUCCGAACCAGGUUCAAGGACAGCUCCGGCUUGCGCUUCACGGGGUUGCCAGACUCCAUCGACGACUGGAAGCGCGGGUUCUUCUUCCUCUCCUCGCCGACCCCGUGGCCCUGUCCCGUGGAGUGGGGCGAGCCGUCCAAGAGCUCCUUCGCGGACCCGGUGCUUACAAAUGAGGAGAAGAAAUCUGAGGCGAAGCUGCUACGUGCUACCGGCGGCGCCGCCGUUGAUAUCAGGAUAUGCUUGUACGACAGCAACAUUGCCGCUACCGUGGUAACUGCCGCAUCUCCGGCGCCGCCCUCUGCUGGUACUAGUGCCAGUUCCAAAGGGAUGGAUUCCGCCGUCUACGACAUGAUGAAAACCAUGCUGGCGGAGAAGAUGGCCAGGCAAGCGUCGGCCUCGGCAAAGAAGGUGAAAACCGAGCCAGGGUCGUCGCAGUUGUGCGGGAAGAAAGAGAACCUGGAUGAGGCCAACGACGAGGAGGGUCGUCCCCCUUCUUCGCACGCUCCACCUGCCGCCCGUGGCCACUCGGUGCCCACCAGCGUGUGUUCGCCACUGCCGGGACUCUCUGGGCAGCCACAAGACUUCGCCGACGAAGACGGCACAGACUGGGAGACUGCACGGCAGCUGCUGCAGGGCGCCGUCGGGCCACCGCAGCAGCGCGUGUUUGCGGCGACCGAGCGAUCCGAUGUCGUCGCGUCGAGCUAUGUCGCGUUUCUCCAGGCGGCGAACUACGUGUCGUUCUCCUUGGACUACGCUCUGGAGCUGGAGGAGAAGCUGUUGGCGCAGGACGCGGAGAUCGCCGCGCUGCAGAAGCAGCUGGAGGAGACCAAGGGCGAGCUCGCCCAGGCGAAGGUGCCGCGGAGGUAGUCCAGGAGAGCGACACGGAGGACAUGGGGCGCACCACUCGAAUGACUCUGCUUGCUUCGCUACUCUGUAAUCGAGUGAUCCGUUUCCUUGCUAUACGAGACUCGCCGUCUAAGAUUCAGUGACCUCUGGAGUAUCACCAUUCAAAUUUCUCAAUAUCUUUCCAUAAACUAAGAA